GGCCGAACCAACGUAGUCUGCUCGAUUUCCUGCACUGUUCAAACGUUUGCAAGCACGUAACAUGAAAAGAAACGUCCAUAAAAAGGUUUUCUAUUAUUCAUGGGCAGCGAUUAAUCAGUUUGUAUCCUUACCAUCAAGAAAAUAAAGAAGUAUGGCAAGCUCAGAUGCAGCAAAAGUACCAAAAAUAAAAUUAAGCAAUGGUUAUGAGAUGCCAAUGAUUGGUCUUGGAACAUGGAAAUCAGAACCUGGAAAGGUUGCACAAGCAAUCAAAGAUGCUAUAGAUAUUGGCUACAGGCAUUUUGACUGCGCAUAUGUGUACCAGAACGAAGCAGAAAUUGGGAAAGCACUAAAAGAGAAAAUUAGCAAUGGAGAUGUCACAAGAGAAGAACUCUUCAUAACCAGCAAGUUGUGGAACACUUUCCAUGAACCAGAAAAGGUUGAACCAGCUCUCAGAAAGUCAUUGAGCCUAUUGGGAUUAGACUAUCUGGAUCUUUAUCUCAUCCACUGGCCUAUCUCAUUUAUUGAGAAAGAUGAUGAACUUUUUCCAAAAGAUGAGCAUGGUAAGCACCUGUUUAAGGUAAUCGAUCACGUCGAUACAUGGCGGGCUAUGGAAAAAUGCGUCGAACUUGGACUAGUCCGCUCGAUUGGUUUGUCAAACUUCAAUAGUCAACAGAUACAACUUAUUCUGGAUAAUUCCAAAAUCAAACCAGUGGUCAAUCAGGUGGAGUGUCAUCCUUAUUUAAAUCAGAAGCGAUUGAUCGAGUUCUGCAAAAAAAAAGACAUUGCGGUGACAGCCUACAGUCCGCUUGGCUCGCCUGAACGACCAUGGGCUAAGCCAGAUGAUCCAAACCUAUUGGAAGAACCAAGAAUCAAAUCAGUCGCCCAGCUCUAUAGAAAGACGCCUGCGCAGAUUUUAAUUCGCUAUCACAUCGAUCGUGGUGUUGCCGUCAUCCCAAAAUCAACCAACAAGUCUCGCUUAGAAGAGAACUUUAAUAUUUUUGAUUUCAGUCUUCAAGCAAAAGAAAUGGAGGUGAUUGACAGUUUGGAUCGUAACGGACGUCUUUGUCACGUUGAUUGGAUGAAUGAUAGCCCAGAUUACCCAUUUAAUAUUGAAUUUUGAAACGGAGAUGUCGCAAGAAAUCUUUAUUGAUUGGUCUUGACGCUUACGUCAAAGCAAUUUUGUAUUGGUGGUGGCAAAGCGACACAUUUUUUAUUGAAAUUCAUUAAAUUACGUUGCCUCAUCUA